AUGGCCUUGCCUCGGAAACUCGACUUUGAUGGUGAAAGUGGCAAGGUGAUUAGUCCCAAAGCUCUCUGCCACGUUGUCCUACGCACAGCCAGCCUGAAGGCGAUGCAGAAAUUUUAUGUUGAUUUUCUCGGUGGGAGGGUUGCUCACGCCAACGAAAUGCUCUCUUUCAUCACAUAUGACGAAGAGCAUCACCGAAUUGCACUGGUGGAGGUCCCUGGCACUGAGCCCAAAAUCUCGACCACUUGCGGGCUUGAGCACAUCGCUUUUGGAUUUCCGACUUUGUUCGAGCUCUUGUUAUCUUAUCGACAAAGACUAAAGACCGGUAUCAAGCCUUGGUGGUGCAUCAACCACGGCCCAACAACGAGCAUAUACUACAAGGAUCCUGAUGGUAACAUGCUCGAAACUCAGGUCGACAAUUUCGAGACUGUGGAGAAGGCUGAUGAGUUUAUGAAGAGCAAGAGCUUUGCUGAAAAUCCUAUUGGCACAGAAUUUGAUCCAGAAAAUCUCAUCAGCAGGAUGUUGGCAGGGGAGAACGAAAACAUCCUCAAGCGCCGGGUAGAAACAGGUCCCAGGCAGGUGGACGUCAAGGAUUUGGCAUAG